CAACUGAGGGCCCUCGUUCGUCGUCACGUGACACGGAAAAACAAAUGCGCGGUAGUCACCCAAACGGUACAAAUUGAUGAGCGUAUAUAUUUUGAUACACCGACCAUAAAAUUCUUCAGUUAAAUCACUACCAUAGUCUCCGUUGCAGAUUAUUCGUUCUAACGAGGAGCCGCGGAACUACAAUCGAAUGGAGAAGUUUCUUCGUAAUAAUGGAAAACAAAUCGAGAAAGUCGAAUCUACAAAGACGCCCAUUACACAGCGUCAGAUUUAGUGUUGAUACCAAAGCGUGUACAGUUCAAAGCAGAAAUAUUCCAUAUAUUGUUGGAUACAGUUGGGACAAAUGUGGAAGAAUUAAGGAGCUGAGAAUAAGACACUUGGCAAGAAAGUUCCUAAAAAUAUGGACGCAGAACACCUUUGGUCGAAAACUUCCUCAUGCAGCCAAGUGUCAUUAUGACAGUGUGCUACUGAGAAAAACAUUACAGGGAUGGAAAGAGGAGUGUUGGGUAUCUGGGAGGGGGUGGAGUCUUUCAAUACGUGCAGAGUAUCAUUACAGGUAUUACCUGCUCUACAUGACAUUCAGAAGGUGGCAAACAUUUAUGUCACUGCAAAUGGAAAAGAAGAGCAAAAUCCAAAAAGCUCAAGAAUUUGAUGAUAGGCGACGUAUGUGUCAGAUUUGGGACAAGUGGGAGCUUUUCAUCCAAAUGAGUCGUCAGAAAAGCAGAGCACGUCAAUUAGCUGAAGAGCAACACAGGCGCACAAGUCUUCUUUCAUUAUGGCGUUUGUGGAAGAUGAGGCUGCAACAGCAUCGAAACAUUUGCACUAUGGAGGACCAAGCCUUGACGCACAGGGCAAUUAAUCUACAUAGCAGGGUGAAGAUGAAGAUUCACCAUUUCUCUGCAUGCCAAGCUUCUCCAGAUGCAUUUCUUCAGUGGAAAGAGCUGCACUCUGCUGCUUGUUCCGAGAUAGAGAAAGAAUCUGAAGCUUCACUUCACUUAAGCAGCACAGUGACAAAGAAAUCAUUGCACGAGUGGCAAAGUUUUGUCUCCUGUCAGCAGCACAAGAAACCCUUAAAAGCUGUAGCUAAGCACAUCGCCUGUCUUCACCUGAUGAGGCUGAGCUGGAGAGUGUGGAGGAGCGAGUGGCAUCGCAAACAGAGCGAGGAAGAGCGUUUGCAAGCCACAGGGCAACUGACAGGCCGGGUAUCUCAGCGGCGAGCCCUGCUACGCUGGAAGGCGUAUGUGACAUGGCGUAAACAAAAAGCCGAUAGAGGCCAGGUGGCAUGUCAACACCACCACUAUCGCCUACAGCGUGCAGUACUUAAGGGUCUGUCUUUGAAUGUGUCGCAGAACAGAGUUAAACGGCUAAACAACAACACAGCAAUUCAACAUCAUUACCGGACUGUCAUAAAUAAACAUUGGAGGCUGUGGAAAGAGCGACUGGAGGAGACUGAAGACAAACCUUUCCAAGCCCUGACAGACAUGGUAUUGACCAACUACAGGACACACCUGUUGAGUCGCUGUUUUGACCACUGGAGUGAGAAACUUGCACAGCAAAGACAUAUGCAGGGUCACAAGGAGCGGGAGCCUUUCGCAGCUGACUUGGGACAAAAGGCGGACUACGCCCUGGACUUGUUGCUAGAGCUGGAGUGGCGUGCUGAUGUUUGGUUUGAUGAGCACCUUUUGGCCCAUUAUUUCAAUUCCUGGUGUAAAUAUAUUCUGCAGAGAAGACUGAAGAAAGACAGGAGAAACAAGGCUGAUGUCUAUAAUAAGCAGCGCCUGUGCACUUGGGUGUUGUGCACCUGGCGGGAACGGUCAGACAAACACAAGGAUGAGAUGCUGUCGCUGCGAAUAGCCAUUCUUCACGAAGAGCAAGGCCGCGUGCAGAGAGCCUGGGCUCGAUGGAGGAAACGGACAAAGCAGCUGCAGGAGAAGCAGCAGGCAUCAGAACAUCAUUACCCGCAUUUUCCUCACAUCUCGUUGGAGCAGCGGAAAGACUCCAGUGAGUUACAGGGCAGGACCAAUGAGCAGCAAGCUUGUCGUCAGGACGAUCUUUACUGUGUCAGAUGGGCUUUGGAUAGGUGGAAAAAGUUUGUUCAGAGACAGAAAUUGACAAAAAGCAGGCUUGAGCAGGUUCAGUGUUGCCAUGAAAACAAAAUUGGCAAGCACAGCUUUGAGCCCUGGAAGCUCCAGUACAGCCUCAAAAUGUUUGAGCCGACAGAACGAGCACUUUGGCAUUGGGCCCUCACUCUUCAAGCCAAGGUGCUAUAUGGGUGGAGUCUGUGGGUCAUAAAGAAGCGCAGGAAGAAGAUGGAGGUGUUAGAAGCUGCUCAGGUGGACAAAAUCCAGUCGCUGAAGGUGUUCCUGGCCUGGAGAGAAGAAACAAAGCAUGCGGUGUCUGACCCGCAUCAGAAGAGAAAAGCACUCAACAGGCCUCAGAGUUCUUUAAAUCAAGUGGAGUUGCUGCAGAGGGAGCGAAUAAGCCCAGAAAAAGCCCGGAAGCAUUACGACUCCAAACUGCUGUGUAAAGCGCUGAGAGCAUGGAAGACGCAUCACCAUACCUGCCUCAAAUAUAAGGUGAUGAAACGACAAGGAAUCUUGUUGCUGAGACUCAAGAUGUACAAGACCUACUUUGCACUCUGGAGGAGGAAGCUCCAGUUAAAACUCAAGGUGUCCGAGCAGACAGAGGAAGCACUUUGGCAUUGGGCCCUCACUCUUCAAGCCAAGGUGCUGUAUGCAUGGAGGCUGUGGGCCUCAGAGCAGCGCAGAAAGAAGACCGAGGCGGUGGAAGCUGCUCAGGUGGUUAAAGACCGUCCACAGAGUGCGGGCGCGACAUGCAUCGUGACAUACAGCGAAGACAUGAAUGACAUCAGGGGGAGCCUGCCAGAGCUUAGAACGCAACUAGAAGAAGAACCAGCGUGUUUGCAGUGGGAGGAAAAACAAAAGCUACACAUUCAGAAGGUGGUGAAGUGUUGUGCAAUGAGGUGGAAGCAGCGGGCCCUUUGCAAGCCACCAAAAAAGACUGUGACCUUCUGUUAUCCUGAUUUGAAACCCGAUUCUCUAUCUGACUCAGGGGAACGUGACGGAGACGACAGUGAGCUAAUCCGUCCCUUAAUGCGACGCCAGCCUCGACGCUGCGAGGAACUGUUUGAGCCCUCUCUGAAAGUAUUACCAUAUGAUGGCGGAGGCGUGCGUCAUGUGUCACCCCAGAAAACUCCGGUCUCCAUCACGGACCUGCCUCAGACACAGUUUGAGCUGCUACUGCCUCCCACUGCUUUCAUGAGCACAGAAAACAAAGUGCCGUUGGGACGUGGAAGCAUCUUCAGCCCAACAAUGGGACCCAGUUCAGAACAUUUUUCAUCAACACCUUCAGACGAACACGCGAGGGAACCAAGUGGAGAGUCGGCAGCUGAUACAACUUCAUCGCUGAUAAGUGAGCUAAUGAGCAUCCAGCAGGACAUGAGGAGCUUCCAGCAGGACCGGAAGCAACUCAGGCUCUGGCGGAGAGUGAAAGAUGUGUUGCAGAGUUGGCUGCAGACCAGUGGAAAAGAUGAGGAAAUGGAUACCAGUGCAGUUUGUCAACAGGUGAAGGAGCUCGAGGAGCGCAUCGAGAGAUUGUCCUGUGAGCUGGGAACACGAAGGCUGACAAUGCGUUUUCAUUCAGAAAGGCUCCAACAUUUACAAGCUGUCCUCGACUGCUCAGGAUUUUCUUCUCUUUAUCGACAAGUGCAGAUGUAAACGUAACAUUUCACCCAAUGAUUGGAAGUUAAAGUUUGGUCAAUUCAUUAUAUUCACUUUUUCUUAACAGUGUACCACGAACAUUUGAUUAUUUGGUCAUUCAGUGCAGGAAUCAUAAUUUUAACGUCCAGCUGUGUUGUAGAGUCAGUGAAGUACAAUAUAGUUCAUCAUAUAGAUCUUAAGCAUGAAGAAAACGCCAGCAUAUACUUUUUUGACUAUCAAUUAAAAAAAAGCAAGAAAACACUCCCUUUCCCAUUGUAAUUGUUCAGGGUUUGCUAAAAAUGUCAUCUCUUUGCUUACUCAUCAAAAUGUGACAAUGAAUAAAAGCACAUUUACAGUCCUGGG